CCCAAAACACUUUCGAAAGGGCUAGGGUUUGUCUUUUAGCCUCCGUAUAUAUUUGAGUUUUUUUCAGUCAUUGUCCUUCUUCUUUUGGAGGAGCACGAUCCAGAGAGACAAGAAGAAGAUGACAACUCCGCAAGUGAAGACCGGUUUGUUCGUCGGUUUGAACAAAGGCCAUGUUGUCACCAGACGCGAGUUGGCUCCUCGUCCCCGUGCUCGCAAAGGAAAAACAAGCAAGAGAACAAUCUUCAUCAGAUCAUUGAUCAGGGAAGUUGCUGGUUUUGCUCCCUACGAGAAGAGAAUCACUGAGCUUCUAAAGGUUGGUAAAGACAAGCGUGCUCUUAAGGUGGCCAAGCGAAAGUUGGGUACCCACAAGAGAGCCAAGAGGAAGAGAGAGGAGAUGUCUAGUGUUCUCCGCAAGAUGAGGUCUGGUGGUGGUGGUGUAACCGAGAAGAAGAAAUGAGCUUGGCGAGAGGACCACUCGAAUUGUUUGUGUUUAUUGUUUUGGAUCUAAAGAGUUUUGUUUUGUCCAUGACCGUGGAUUAUUAUUAUUUUGCUUUA